ACUGUUUGUAGAAGACUUUAACGCGAUGGAUCAUAUCCGCGCACCCCUACAAGGCUUUUCCGUUAGACAAUUUGUAGCAAUCAACAAUAUUUCCCGAUUUUAUAGUUUCUCUUCAGUAUCGAAAAUAUAUCGGGGUGAAAGUAUCGAUCCAGCUCGAUAUCGAAGUCGCUUGCAUCGAUAAAAAAUAGCGAUAUUUAGGGCCCAAGGUAUCGAUACCGUAAGUAUCGAUACGAUAUCGGCCAAUGCUACAGUGAACGAUUUGUUGUACCUACAUUAUUUACCUGCACCGGCAGUUGAUUUUAUUCGUUCUUUACAUUGCUGCUUACGGCAGUCAGUUCCGUUCGCGAACGCAAAAAUGAGCGCAAAGAAGGAACCAGAGACGGUCGGCUUCUGGCUACCGAAGCAGAGCUCCGCUAAAAUGGACAUUCUCACGCCCCACAAGUUGGCAGUGGUUUUCCUAAUCCAAGAGUAUCUAUCUCUGAAGAAAGUGGCCGAGGACAAUGCUCAAAUUAGGUUCACCGCUCGGGACAGGCGCCGGUUUUGCUUGCUUUUGCUGAAGUUGAUCCAGUAUCCGGAUAUGGCCUAUAAGGACCUGUACGGGUUGCUUACCUCGCCAGUGUACGGCAUACACCGAACACAUCUGGAGGAGUUUGAAAAGUUGAUGAAGAUGCUUAAAACAGUUGGCAUCGAGGUACUUUUCGAUUUAUACAAUGUAAUCGACAAGCUUAUUAGCGAUAACGGUAGCAGCUAUCAGAUCGGAAUUGUAGGACUUUACUUUCGUCGGGUGUACAUAACAUUAGUGAAGAUGAGUUUUCCUGAGUUCAUGGCAUUGUACCGGAACUCGGUAGCUUACUAUGAGAAAGGCGUACGGGCAGUUCAAAUCUCAAGCAGUUCAUUUUCGAACAGUGAAAGUUUUAUGAAGCUCGAAGCUCAAGCGGUUUACAAGGAUAGAAACUCGGCUUCAAAGUGGUCCAAUAAGCAAUCGGAAUUAUUCGUGGCACAACAGAGCCUGUUGCUGCAAAACAACGAAACCAACGCUCUAAAUCCUAAGGACAUGCAAAAUAGGCUGAAUGAAAUCAUACACGAUCAUCCCCUCUAUUCGCAAGCGUACUUUUUAAGCUAUUUGAAUAGCGUGAGAGUGAGGGAUUUCUUCAAUGCUGUUGACGCCAUACACAGAUCAUUCGACCGGAGCGCUCUGAUCUCAAUGGCUCUUGCGCAAGAUAGUAAGGAGUAUCAAUAUUCGGCUCUGAACUUGGCCAUUCUACAUGCUCAGUUCAACCACAACGACGAAGCGCUGGCAAGUAUCAAGGAGUGCAUAAUGUUGGCGCAAGAAAAUAGUGACAAAAUAUGUUUACAACUUGCUCAUGCGUGGCUUUGCCUAUUGGAUGCAAGUAAGCCACAAUUCUCGGAAAAAAACAUCGCCAAUAAGGAGUUGAUAACACUAGUGCAUUCCAUUUCGCUCGGCAUUCAAUCGCUCGUGAAAUCAUCGGCUUCAACGGGCUAUACACCUGCAAAACUGUUUGAGGUGCUACUUAAAAGUGAUAUUCUCAAUUGUCAAACAUCGAUGAUGGAUCUGACCGCAAACGGAAUCGCUGAGAGAGCCGCUUUGUGGGCAAUGUAUGGCAAAAAUGAAGUGUCGUCCCUGUGCUCUCAAUUACUGCUGAAUUCGGACUUGAAAUUGCUUGUGCAAACUUACAAUGGUGAAGGCAUAUGUCAGGCACUUUGUUCUUUAGUCGUGUGGUUAGCUAUUCAAGGAGAAUUCAAUCUUGCUUUAACGGUUUUGAAGCACACACAAGAGCGUUUUCCCCGUUAUCCAUUAUCAAAAUCUUGGAUGACAGCAGAUUACUACAUCACGUCAAUGCAAGCAAUCUUUCGAGGGGAAUGGACCGAUGCUAGCAAUGCCUGUUAUCACCUGUACACCCUGGAUAAACAUCUUUCCUUGCUUCAACGAGCUCAUUUAGCACUUGCUAGGCUUAAUCUGAAAUCCGCUGAUCAACUGCUACGUCAAAUUUUAGAUGACGAUACCAUCGAACCUCUCACACGGGUGAGAGCCCUUCUUCUGACUGCCCACACCCUGACUUCUUUGCCAGAUGCAUCCAAAAUGGAAGUCGUCAACGUACUGAACGACGCACUAGCGAUUGCGAACAAAAACUAUCUAGAUUAUGAAAAAGCUCUCAUAGAGAUGCAUUUCGCUCACGUUCUAAUGCUGCUGAAGUUACCGAACCAAGCGUUAAAAGCCGUUAAAAAUUGUCUUGAAAACAUCCUUGCCAAUGGAGGAAUAUACGAUAAAGCAAAGGUUCUGUUCUUGUUCGUAAAAUGUGUCCUAGCAGUCGAACUGGCAGCUGAGGAUAAGCUGACCAAAAUUGGAAAGUGCCUACCCAUGCUGGAACAGGCGGUAGAAUACUUCCAAAAGCUGGAAUGUUACGCGAAAGUGAAGGAUGUUUACAUUUUCCUGGCCAACUUCUACCACACACUGGAAAUUCCGGAGGAACGAAAUAAAUUCGCGUACAAAUAUCGACUAAUUGAAGAGCAAUACCCCACCACUAGAGAAUACCUGAAUUUGUUCUUUUAGUAGUGAAUAGUUGGUAAAUUAUUACCAGUGGGGAAAUGUGGUCCGUCCGGGCAAAUCGUUAGAUUUUGGGUGCAAGAAGCCUACCUUGGGAGAUACACGAACGCAGGUCACUCCAUAUUUGUGACCUAGCAGCGGUGAGAAAGGUUCCUGACAAAAUCCACUGCCAGCUAUCCAUCGCCAGACGCGUACUGUUUUAUCGCUGGGAAGAAAAAAAUGUAAAAGAGAAAAAAUAAAGCGUAAAUUUUCGUAUUCCAA